AUGAGUGAUAGUAUAGACAUUAAUGACAUGAUAAAUUUGAAUAGGUAUUAAAUUAUAAAUAUGUAGGAAUAUUUAUGGUACCUAGUAACAAAAGCAUGAAAGUAAGAUGAUUUAAAAGCCUGUAGAUGAUUCUAGUCUUACUAUAGAUAAUAUUAUAAAAGGAAAUUAGUAUUAAUUUUAUGUGAAUAACUAAGAGCAUUUUAUAAUCCUGUACUACUUCAAACAUCAUAAGUGAAAGAAUAAAUUGUAGAAGAAUCUUAGGAAGAUAAACCUAACUUUUUUCAAGAAGUUUAAUUGUUAACGAAAAUACCAGAAAUUGUCACAUUCAAUUUAAUUUAUAAUUAUAAGACAAUUUUUAAGAAUGAAGGCAUUUCUUAUGAAGAAGCUAAACAUCUUGACAAAAGUAUAUAAUAAUUUAGUAAUAUUUCUUAUAGCUAGAAUUAAAAGAAAAGAAAGAGAAUAAAAAGCCAGUGGAGCAUCUGUUAUAAAGGAAAUUUUGCCAACAAAGAAACAAUAUGUUAGACUAUAUAAAAAUCAGAUUUCUAAAUUGUGUUUUAUUGCUCCUAAGAGUCUCAUUUUAAUUAGCUAACAUUUAGGGAAUAAUACUCAAUGGGAGAAACAUUUAAAACUUUAAGAUUUUAGUGGAUAGAGACCAUCAUUAUCAAUAGUUCAAGAGAAAACCACAGGAAGAUUCUAUAUCUAUGAUAAUAAAUAUGGGAAAGUACAUAUAUAUAGUUCAGACAUGUUAAUAAAUGAUAAUAAGGAUAAACCUUUAGUUUCAUUAAAUCUGAAUGAGGAUAAACCUAGAUAAGAUCCAUUAUUAUAUUUGAUUGAAUGUGAACAUGAAUAUUAAUGGAAAAGUGUGUUAUUUGUAAUUGGAGGACAUCAUUUAUAAAGAGGAGAAAAGAAACCAUUAAAAACAAUUAAAGUUUUUGAAAUAAAAAGAAGAGAAGUUACAUUAACACCUGUAUUAACAAUGACAAUGACAAAAUCAAGAAUGAAUCCUAUAGUUUUUGAUUUAAUUAAAGAUAAAGGACUGAUAUGGUAAGAUAAAGAUAAUGGAGAAAAAGAGAAAGUAGAUGCUGAACAUAGAUCAGUUGAUCAAAAAUAUAUUUUUAUAAUGGGUGGAAAUCCUUUAUUAGAAUAUGAAAGAGAAGUUGAUUAAGAGUUGAUAGAAGCUAAUUAAACAUGUGAAUAUGUUAGUUUAAAAUUGAUUCUGGAACAUAUCGCUAGAGCCAAACUAGUAAUUUGAUUAUAAUAGAUUUGAAUAGUUUUCAAUGACAGAUUAAGCCAAUUUAAGUUUGAAUUUCGGAAAAUUCUCUAUAGUUGAUACUCUUACUAUAAAAUAUCAAAAUAUAGUUGCAACUGAGAAGUUUUAUAAUCAUUUUUACAAUGCGUCAGUUACAAAAAUGGUUGAUGAUGUUUUUAAACAUAAAGCACUUAUUAUUUUGGGAGGCAAUGCAUCAUAAACAUUUUAAAUUUAAGCAAUUUCAUUUAAGCUUAAUGAAAUUACUUUGAUUGGAUAGACAAAAUAAAUAUCAAAACCAUCUCUUAUAUACUCAGCAAGUAAUUUAAGGUAUAUAUUAAUAAUAAAAGAGAUAUUAUGAAAAGAAAGUAUUUUAUUUUGAUGAUACAGAUAAAAAGGAACCUUCACAGUUAUAGAAUUUAGAAUCUAGAAGAGAUACCAAAGCUGCUUGUAAUUGUAGUAUAAUGUGA